AAAAAAGUCACAUUUUUUAAACGUUUUUGAUAAUUGCAAAAAAUAAUCAUACCAAUAGCUUAUAAAUUAAAGUUGGUUGGGCCAAUAUUUGCGCUUGGAAUGCGCCUGCUUGUCAAGUGAAGUUACGUGAACAAAAUAGUUUACAUACCUUCGGAAAAGAAAACAAAUUGUCUCCACAGUUGGUAGAAUUUGGUUCUUAUCGUUAGCACAAAGUAAUGUCAAAGCCCAUUUACAAUGAAUGUCAAGAAACGGCCGCGUCUGCAACUUGCGCCUGCUGAAACAUUAGUGGCAAAUACAAACUCAUAUGGAAGCACAUCAGGGAACGGGAAUGGACUUUUUUUAACCAGCAGCGUCGGUAAUGUGGACGUCAAUAGCGGUGCUCAAAUUUUUUUGACCAUUUGUGGCGAAGGGGAUGACGACGGUGAUGAAAACUCAACUGAAUCUGGAGAAUAUUAUGCUAUUGAAAGUAAUUCACUUACGACGCACAUAAAGCAAGAGCCAGAUUUGGAUUUGCAUGCACUCCUACCAACAAAUCUGCAGUUACCCACGGGUUGUGAGAUAUAUUUAGUUAAGGAUACAACGAUUAGUUCAAAUCCGACCGCCCCAACAAAAGCAUGUCAAAGUGGUGAGCAAAUAUUGCCAAAGCAUUCAAUGACCUCUAUUAAACUGGAACCGGAUUCAAUGGGGAAUCAUUUCAAUGUAAAUAAAUUAGCACCGUCCACGAACGUUGUAUUCGUUAGUGGUAGUGGCCCAUGUACCGUUUCCCCACCUUCAAGCGCUGUUGUUGUUUCUGCGGAUGUACCAAGUACAUCGUUGGCCGCCUCAACUGGAUUUAACGUCAAACUUGAUGCCUAUAAGAAACGCGACGACAAGCGACGUGCUACCCACAAUGAGGUAGAGCGUCGGCGCCGUGAUAAAAUUAAUUGUUGGAUAUUUAAGUUAAAAGAAAUGCUUCCUGUCGAGGGCAAUCGCUACAAGCCUAUCGGUGUGGAUGCCGAUGACAGUAGUUGUAAGACGACUAUUAGGAACAAUGCGGCUAAUGGACGUACACCACCAAAUGACUCCAAAUCACAAAUACUUAUAAAAGCAUGCGACUAUAUCAAGAGCAUGCAAAAUGAAAUUGAUAACUUACGCGAGUGCCUGAAGGAGGCUGAAAGUUUGCGGCUGAGUAACCAAGCACUUCGUGAUGAAUUAGAGGCCAUCAAACAGCAACACGAGCUUCAGGAGCGUUUCAAUGCCGCUGGUGGCUCUUUCAAUAUUACACUUAACUCCCUAAAUAGCUCCGGCUCCGCUACCAGUGACCUCUUCGAGGGUAUUGAGGUUGCUCCGAACCUUUCUACGGUCUCCUCCAUAAAUUUUACAAAACGGGGCUUGUUAAUUGCAGAUUAUGAUGAAUAAGUUAUGAGUUCUUUAUCCUAACACACCUCAAAGUUAAGGCGAAACCCAAAAGACAAGUAUUUCUAGCAUACUUCCGCAUCGCGUUCCCACAUCGUUGUAAUUCUGCUAAUCUACUGUUUCUCGCACUAUUUGAAUAAUGCAAGGUAAAUAUUAAGAUAUAUCAUUGUUUAAAAUACACAUGCUUUAUUUACAAAUAAACAAACAUAUACAUAAGUACAUUUAAUAAAUGUAAUUAUUAACCAAACCAUUUGUUAAAAACAAAACUGAACUCGUAGUGCAAAUUACAAAAUAUAACAUUUAUUAUUAAAUAUAUUUAUGUCUAUUGUAGUUAAUGCUCUCAGCCAAUGAUUUGCUAUU